AUGACGGAGAACCAACUAGCCUUUAUUGUCGUUCCAAGGUUUGCGAGAAGGAAGCAGAAGUCUCACUUUUCGAGAAACACGUCGAACAAUGUAGAGAAUGAUUCUAGACCGAGCAAACUUCCUAAAGACGCCAGACUGGCCUCGAACGUUCCAAAAGACGCCGCUGUACACUUUGGAAACUUCUACGACGUCCAAGGAGGCUCAAAUAAACCGCAACUCGAAAAAACGAGAAGUUCCUUGAACUCUACCUCUUCACCCCUGAGAACAGCGCCAAGAUUAGAAUUUACCAGGCAGAUGGUCCACAAAUUAGAACGAACAGCUGGCACCGAGGAAUACGCGCGACAAGUGUCAGUUUUAUUGGAGGAGACGGUGGAACCACCGCAUUUCAAGCUGCACUCGGUACCGGCCGAGAAUUCAAUUCCCGAUGGGAAACAGAAUCCCUCGGGGUAUCCGCUAUGGUACAAGGAGCCUUAUAAGAUGCCGUUUGCUCCGGACGAUAUUUACAAACUUCUGGAGUACGAUGUCGAUAACCCUUCGAGGAGCGGAAAAGACAUUUUCGACGAGGAAUCUUCAGGGAACGACUCGUGCGAGGAAGCGAGCGACGACGAGCAAAUAGUCGAGAACGGAAGUUCGUGGGAUUUUAAGAAAGAGGACUCGGUGUUGGCCAGUGGAUCGACUACCGUUACGGAGCCAAACGAUACAGAUUCUAAGGAAAACGACGAUACUUCGGACGACAGAAGCGAAAAAACAUCGUCUCCUGUAUAA